AACCGCUCGAAGAAUAAAAAUCUAAAAAAUGUUUGUCUCCAAAAUAUUUGCUUGUAUAUUUGUUUUUGUCAUUUUCGGUUCAUAUACUCGAGCUCAAGUUUGCCAGUCUGGCAAUUGUCCUGCUGAUAUUGACGUAAUUCCCAAUUUUGAUGUAUCAAAAUAUUUAGGUACUUGGUACGAGUAUGCUAAAUAUCCAAUGGAUUUUGAGGCUGAUGGUGUUUGCAUUAAGGCAGAAUAUGGACUCCAGGAUGACGGUGUUGUUUCCGUAACAAAUUCUUUAAUUAAUGGAACCUCUGGUGCCUCUGAAGAAAUUAAAGGUUCUGCCACCGUUAUUUCCAAUGCAAAACUAUUGGUUCAAUUUCCUGUUAGUCCAGCUUACAAUGUCCGUAGUAAUUAUUGGGUUCUUGACACUGAUUAUUGUUCUUACAGUGUAGUAUACUCGUGCGAACCUUUAAAUGGACAACAUAACACAUAUGUAUGGAUUUUGACUCGCCAACGUUUGCCCUCAACUGAUACAAUAGAAAAGUCAAUUAGUGUUUUGAGAAAGAACAAUAUUUCUUUGGAUCCUUUGACUCUAACCAAUCAAUUGGAUUGUUAGGAAACAAUCGGACAAUUUCUAAAUUGGUAGUUUGAGAGUAAUUAUGAAUACAGAAAUUAAUUUAAAUAAAAUAAUUAUUAUUGCUAAAAGAAAAA